CGUGAGGUGAUAGGGGGAAAGCGGAAGAACGUCCAGUCACUGCGCGGGAGACCUUUGGGCAGAAAAAAAGCUGACGGUUUUUUUUCCAAAAGGAGUCGCCACUGGGGUCGUAAGGACACCAAAUGCAUGCAAGAUAGUCCAGUAAUUGAAAAAGCAGACGAUCAUCGGAACAGUUGAAAACCACUGAAGCUAGCCACAGAAGGUCUUCCCGAUCGGAUAUUUAGAAAAUAAUCGAGGGGAUUCCGAAGCAAGCAUGGAGGAGUAAUGUAUUUAGCGUUGCUCCAUUAUUAACGUGGACUGGCUCGAUUUGCGAGCGCGAUAGCAGAAUAACGAAGCAGCAGAGACGCUGUUUGAGGUUUCAUCACCACUUGUGACGGAUGAUCACGAUCCUCGCCUUGCCUGUCUUGAAUUUGAUCGUCCCGUAACAUCCACAGAUUCGUGAUCUGGUUUAACGAGAAAAAAUUACUUUCAAUUAAGACGCAGAGUGGCAAGCAGCUUUAAGGAGGGGGGAAACUGCAUCUGGGACACCGUGCGGAAACACUCUUGUGUCAGUAAUGUGGAUAGACGUCACGGUGAAGUCAAUAGCUUUUUUGUAAUGCUAAAAUCGAGUUUUUUGGAAGCGAUGGAGUACACUUUUGCGUGAUGACUUCCAGACUGGGGCUUUUGGCCUGUCUUUCCACACGGACAGAUAUACAGAUAAUGCGUUAGCCAAAAGUGAGAAAGCUUUUGUUAGGAUGUACUUUUAUUGACGAGUUGGAACCAGUAACUUGCGUGACUUCAAGCUUCGAGAUUUCAUAAUCGCCAUUAGAAGAUGCGGAUUGAUGUGUAAGCCAUAGGUUUAGUAGGGAAAUAAUCAGUGGAUAUAUCACGUAAAGCAAAAUAGAAACAACAAGUGCUUGUGUGCGAAAUCAAAGUGUAUAAAUAAUCAAUCAAAACGGAAAUCCCGGCGCAGUGCUGUAUUGCGUGUUGGGUGGUUCAGACGACUCUGGAAUUCUAGCAGAUGAUAUUUGGAAAUCUAGCGGACGGCACAGAAUUCUAGCUGUUUGAAAGACAAUUCCAUUUCUGGGAAACAUACUGCGAACUUCACCAUCUCCAGGAAGUUUAACGACAUUCAUAUGGGAAAACUCCCUUCGGAUAUUUAACAUUUUUCGUACGGUGCAGACGACAGCGCUGCUUCUUUAGAAUUGAACGACAUUUCGUAUCUGCCAGCCAAAUUAACGCUCAACAAGACACCGGGCAGCGAAUAUUCAAUUUUGUCAGCGCACUGGAACUUUGACAAAGUCUUUUGUCGAGCAGACGACAGAGACAGCAUCUCGAAGUCCGAAGGAGUUGCACCGAUGCCAAAUUCAGGCGUCCAUAUAUUUAACCCGGACGCUCACAUCAGUCAGCAACGCAUCAUUGUUAGCCAACGUCUGACCACCAAAACAAUUUUGAAAUCAUAAAGCAGACGACACUUGUUCGAUUUGUGGUUCUCAACAAAAAGGGCCGGGUUUACAGUUGACAAGGCCUAGAUGUAUUCCUUAGAGCCGUAAAAAAAACGUUUGUACAGAAAAUGGAAUUCAGGGACCUAGCGUUACAAAUGGCGCUGUACCUUUUCUUUGCCGCCAACAUGGCAGUCGGGCAAUACAAUACUUCUAUCACAAGUUCUAUGGUUGUGAAGCGAUUAUUAGAAGGCUACGAGAGAGUGACGCCUGCUGGAGCCACUGUUGUAGAACUAGGAGUGUACAUCAAUAGUUUUGACAACAUCAAUGAACAGGCAAUGGACUACCAGGUAAAUAUCUACCUACGGCAGCAAUGGCAUGACAGGAGGCUGAAAUUUGACUACUCGGGCGAUCCCCUAAGCCCCGAUAUGAUCAAACUGGAAGACGGAAUGUGGAACAAGAUUUGGGUCCCGGAUGUAUUCUUCCGGAACGAGAAGAGGGCGGAUUUUCACAGCGUGACGGUGCCACAGAGGCUGCUGAGGCUAUAUUCUGACGGGAGGCUGUGGUAUGUUUCAAAAAUAACUGCAAAGCUUUCGUGCCCUAUGAAAUUGAAGAAGUACCCUCUGGAUACGCAGAAAUGUCCAUUUAUAUUUGAAAGCUUUGGCCAUACGCUUGAAAGAGUUGUGUACAAAUGGCUGCCAAACUCGGUUGAAAAAGAACCUUUUGAGAUGCCGCAGUACCAGCUCAUAGGCUGGACGCAAAGAGACUGUUCACAGAACUACACCGCAGGUGCAUUUCCUUGUCUUCAAAUUGACUUCCUCUUAAAAAGAGACAUCGGAUUCUACAUGAUCCAGGUCUACAUUCCCAGCAUUCUCAUCGUCAUCCUGUCUUGGGUGUCGUUUUGGAUUGACAUUGACGCAGUUCCGGCGCGCGUGCCUCUCGGACUCCUUACGGUCCUCACCAUGACAACGCAAAGCGCCGGCGCAAACUCUCACCUUCCAAGAGUCUCGUACAUCAAGGCCAUAGACGUUUGGAUGUGUAUGUGUUUGCUUUUUGUAUUUGCCUCGCUACUGGAAUUUGCAUUAGUGAACGUUUAUUCGAGAAAAGAGUUCAAUAUUUGGAGGAGAACAAAUAGUAUGAUGCCUGUGCAAAAUGGCCGAAAGCAUCAUCAUCACCAUCAUCACCGACACGGGAGCGAUGGUGCCGAAGAAGAAAUUCCUUUAAAAAAGGUCGUGACAACUCCGUCAGGUAUCUCACUCCAUAUGAAUGGAAAAUCAGACUAUGCAAGUCUUAGGGAGGACGAAAAACGUUUUCUUAUUGAACACAAACAGAAAGCUAGACAUAUAGACAAAAUAUCACGAAAAAUAUUCCCAGUUUCAUUCAUCCUUUUCAAUGUCGUUUACUGGGUAACGUACUUUAUGUUGCCGGACGACUGACACGUGGCCCGCGUAGAAGAGGGCGCUGUGAUAUGAUAUCGAAACCGAGGUCAAAUAGGCACCAUUUCCAUUACGUCAUUCGCUCAUCACGUUCUCCAAUCUCAUCAAAAAGUAUCGGCUUAGAUGAAGGCUUGCUUGAUCAUUUGUCCGCUUCGCCAUACCGAGGUUAACAGAUGCAUGGAAAAGGACGUAAAACAAGUUAGAAAAUGCACUGAGUAUAAUUGGAAGGAAUAAUGAAAGUAAACGGCCUUUUUUCAAGGCCGAAAUAUCAUCGCUGGCUGGGCAGAGUGUAAACUCAGGCGUAUGCUUAAAAUGUCACAUGUAGACACCCUGAGCUUCAGAGCUAACUUGACACUAACCUUUUCACUGUAGCCUAUCUCCAUCGUGUCAA